GAGGAAAAACAUCCCUGAGCCUUGGCUGCCACAAUUAGUCGACCUUAUGGUCCGACUUCGAAAGCCCUCAUCAAGAAAUGCAGCUCGAAGCGUGCUGUCGUUUAUUGCAAAAUUGCACGUUCGACCUCAGCUCCGUGGUAGUGGCGUCAGUGGUGAAGGGGUCCGCUUCUGGAAGCAUGUCAAGCGUAACGGCUUUCCAGCGUACAGGCUUCAUGUCCUGAUAAAUUAUUCUGACCUUGAGCCACGAGCCUUUCGGGAUGGCCGUAUGAGACACCAGCCACUGCUCAAGACUUGAAAGAUCGUACGUGCCAUAUAGUGUGCUCAUGGUCCGGCGCGUAGAUCCUAGUGUCAUUCCUGGAGGCCUACCGCCGAGCAUCGGCGGAGCUGAACUCAGUUUCUGGAACAUCGUGGACAAGAAGAGCCGAAACGUCACGCUUGUCAACUACUCUUCUCUAAACUCUUCCGGCCAGCGACUUAGCAAUACAAAAGUCCAGCGCGUGAUUGUCAUCAUCCAUGGACUCAACAGGGACCCCUUGAACUAUAUCUGGGGUGUACAGGGUGCUCUUAAUGAUGUUUCAAAAUCUGGGAGCGGCCCUAGUGCAGACAAUGUACAAAUCAUCGCGCCCUUCUUUCCUAAUGGCGAUGACAAGGGCAACGUAUAUCCUUGGAUUGAUGGGCUUGCCCCUGGCAAAGGAUCCAACACCUCGUGCUUAGUCUGGCAUGGUGCCGACUGGAGCCAAGCUGAGAACAAUGUCUAUCCUUCCAGCAAAAUUGCCACGUCCUCAUUUGAUGUCCUCGACCAAAUUCUUACUUACUACGAUAACAAGGCAAUGUUCCCCAACAUCAAUCAGAUUGUUGUUGCUGGCCACUCUCUCGGUGCUCAAAUGGUGCAAAGAUAUGCGGCUGUGGACAGCUAUGUGUGGUUUAACGCGGAUAGACCUGUCAGUACCGGAUCUUGUACAAACUACAAUGACUGGCGUGACGGGCUUGACAACUACACACCAACCUAUGGCUCAACUCUUGUCGCUUCCGGACCAGCCGCAGUCUUGUCCAGAUACAAUUCAAGAUCUAUCAACUAUGCGCGCGGUUUACAAGACAUGGUCGACGACUCUAGUCGAUGUGGACCUGAUACUACCGGAGCAAACCAUCAAGAGCGAUUCUACAACUUCAUCAAGGCCUUCCCUCCAGUUUGCACUAGUGCCAGUUCCACGAGUUGUAAAACAGUCGACCUGAUCGAUUGUGCACAUGACUUUGGCUGUAUGGUUAACAGUGCAGCUGGUAAGUCAAGGUUCUUCCUGGACAACUGGAGUGGCUCUAAAUCAAGAGCUUUUGACUUUGGCUGCCCUCGACUUGUACAAGGAGAUGACCCGUGGCCCAACACUACAUGCCAGUCGACUGUCUCGCCACCGUCUGUACCUUACAGUGGCAUGUCGUACGCUGGCUGCUUCGCCGACAGCUCAGACGGGCCCAGCGCCGGCAGGAUCUUGCCUUAUCAGGCUUUCAGCAACUCGACCAAUACCAUCGAAACUUGCACAGCUGCUUGUAGCAUUGCUUCGUACAGCCUUGCUGGCCUAUCCGCAUCAUACAUCAAUAACAUUCUCCAAGGAUAUGACUGUCUUUGUGGCAACUCGCUUGGUUACCAAGCUCGAUUGGUUGGUGAGCAAGCAUGUUUGACACCAUGUGCGGGCAACUCUACGCAGAAGUGUGGCGGUUACGGAAGAUACUCGGUAUUCUCGAUAAGCGGCAAUGCUACCAUAAAAACGACGCCUGUUGUUCCUCCGGUCAUCCAGAACUACAUCUACCAAGGAUGCUACAAUGAGUCUGUUGUGCAGUCUCGCGCUCUGACCGCCGCCAGUUUCAGCAAUACUACAGGUAUGACCAACGAACUUUGCGCUACUUACUGCGCUGGCUACGCAUACUUCGGUACCGAGUUCAAAGAGCAAUGUUUCUGUGGCUCCAAGCUUCCAGCAGAUGUUGGCUUAAACAGUAACACCAGCUGCCUCAUGCAGUGUCCGGGCAAUGAGAAUGAGUACUGUGGUGGAAACGCACGUUUGACUCUUUUCAAGUUUAACGGAACUAUCAUCGAUCCAUUGUCGUGUCCGAACGACGAUUCCAAGAAUUACACAACAUCUGCAGGCACAAACUACACAAUUCAGUGCGGCAUCGACCAUGCAGGUGGAGAUAUCGCAUCUACCUCUGUGAGGAGCAUCGAGAACUGUCUUUCAAAAUGCGAAAUCACCUCUGGCUGCAUUGCUGUCACCUAUGCCGGAGGUAAUUGCUACAUGAAGGGUAGCGUAGGAUAUCCUAACAAGAAUGGCGGUGCCAUUGGAGCUGUUUUGGCUUCGGCCCUGACAUCUUUGUCAACAACUACGACAGCAACCAAAUCUUCUCCGACUACCGCCAGUACCGCUACUGACCCAGUCUCGGACUCCAACAUAUGUCCCGGUGUCGACAAUCAGAUCGUUGUCGGCUCGCAAAACAACUACACAAUACGCUGCUCCUCGGACACCUCGGUUGGAUCCUUCUCGAGUGCACAAGUCAGCAAUUCUUAUAUGGACUGCUUUGCCGCUUGCGAUACCACUGCUGGUUGCGUAGCUUUCACUUAUGUGGGAGGAAACAACGGUCUAGGCUCUGCGACGUGCUGGUUGAAGAACAGCAGAGGUAAUGCUACUCCCGCUGGUGUCAACUUUGUUGCUGGCUUCUUGUCCUCCCAAAGCUCAACAGUUGUCAGCAGCAGCUCAAGUACAUCAGUAGCGUCCACUUCGACCGCCUCAGCUCUCGCUCCUUGGACCACCAACUCGGCUGGUAGUAACUACACCAUUGCCUACUCUUCUGACAGCACACAGGGUGCUUACAGUAAUGCUGCUGCGUCAACCAGUUUCGUCGACUGUAUGAACGCAUGCGAUGCGGACGCACAAUGCAACGCCUUCACUUAUGUGGGCGGUAAGAACGGAGCUGGAAGCGGUACUUGUUGGAAGAAGACUGCUCUUGGGUCUCUGUCAUCCUCAGGUAACAAUGUUCUCUCUGGCUCCCGGGUCAGCAGAUUUUCAAGUGUGUCGAGCGUCAGCUCAUCAUCCGCGCCUACCACAUCGAGCUCUAGUGCACUUUCAUCGUCAGCGCCUGCCAUAUCUUCUUCGCCAAGCUCUGCUAUUCCUUCCUCAUUAGGCUCGGUCGCUGCUUCCUCCAGUAGUUCUGCUACUUCUAGUUUGACUUCUUCGGUCUCGAUCUCCGCUGGUCUCUCAAGCUUUUCUUCCUCAACAAGCUCAGAUACGCCCUCAAGUUCGGGCGUGAAUUCCUCCUCGGCAACCUUAUCCGCAACCGCAUCGAGCGCUAUUGCACCUUCUUCAUCGACCGCAUCGGUCACGCAGACGUCACCUGCGAGCUCUGCAUACACCAGCGGUGCUAGACCUGUCUUUGGUGGUGUGACCUAUUCAAUUCAGGUCAAUACUUCUUACUCUGGCACUCGUAUACGUCUACCGAGGAAGAGAGCCACUACCUUCAUUGAUGACUGUCUCAAUGUCUGCGCAAGUAGCACCUCUUGUGUGGCUUCAGCUUUUGAUGACGGUGCGACCAGUUGUUCAUACUACAGUGAUUUCGACAACACCACCAUGACCAUUGCUCCAGGAACCACUUUUGCCAUUGUGCAAUCUCGUGAUGCAAGCGGCCUCGCUGCGUCAUCGUCUUCGAGCAACUCCGUCACCUCGCCCAGCAGCUCAACUCUUGGAGCCAGCAGCACGUCAACGCUCUCUACAUUCACAUCAAGUACCGGGUCCUCCACAAGUGACUCGGUCUCGAGUGGUACCACCUCGACCAGCUCCAGCUCUGUUGGAUCAAUCAGCAGUUCUUCAACCGUUUCGAGCACUUCCUCGGCAUCUUCGACAAUUGAUGGUAGCUCGUCACGCUCUGCCACAACGAGCGCGUCCUCGACUGACUCUUCGACAUCAGCAACUUCGAUCGCCUCUGCUAGUUCUUCCUCGUCUAGCUCAGCUUCUGCCGCCGCUUCUUCAACCAGCUCAGAGAUCAGCAGUGUUUCAUCGACUAGCUCGGUCUCCGGCUCGUCUACUUCGACCACUUUGAGCUCAAACACCGUAUCAUCAAGCGCUCAGACUUCUAGCUCUCUGAGUAGCUCUAUCGUCGUGAGCAGCUCCUCGACCAAUGUUAUUUCAUCUAGUCUCGUCUCUACCGGCUCAACCUCCACGACGAUGACUUCAUCUUCGACGAUAGCUUCAUCGUCAACUCUAAGCUCCUCGUCAGCUAUCACUUCAUCGUCAACUACAACAAGUAGCUCCCUUCGCUCCUCUUCCUAUUCAUCUGGCACCCUAUCUUCAAGCAUCUCAACCGUCUCUAAUCCAUCACUCCCUACCGGUUUCGUCGUCUACAAUCAAUCCUGCUAUGUCGACUCAGGUGCCAGAGUCCUCCCAAAACUAGCCUACUCCAACUCCUCAAACACACCAGCUUUAUGCGCCACCGCUUGUCGCACACUCGGCUACCCAUACUCAGGCACCGAAUGGUCCUCCGAAUGUUGGUGCGGCAAGACAGCACCUACGAACCCUGCUUCCUCCCUUUCCGUCUGCAACUCCAAAUGUGCUGGAGACUCGACUCUCAAAUGCGGUGGCGGCAGUCUGAUCAGUGUGGUGCUUGACACUAUGGCAACACCGUUUGUCGCAAGAGCUGGUUACGGGAAUUAUACCCUGCAGUCAUGUUACUCUGAUGGUGGAAGCAGUCGUACGCUACUGAAUUCGGUUGCUGCGGGCAAUGACAUGACAGUGGCCAAGUGUUUAGAUGCUUGCAAGGCUCGAGGCUUUGUCUAUUGUGGGCUAGAAUAUCAAGCCGAGUGUUGGGGUCAAGCGAGCAAGCCUGAUGCUGGCAAAUUGCUUACUGGUGAUGUUUUGGCUAAUGGUUGCGGUUCGCCAUGUGCGGGCAAUAGUACAGAGGCUUGUGGCGGAUCGAACAGAGUGCUGGUGUAUGCAGAUCUGACUUCUGCUUCUUGAUGAUAUGGGAAAGGAUCAGAGUACAAAGUAUUAGAUUAUUACGAAUCUACAUA